AAUAAGUUCAGUAAUGCCAGCGUAGGUUUAAAAAGCCAUGAUAAUGCCGUAUUUAAUGGCAGCCGUUUUUUUAAAACUCGUUACGACGUUACACAUCUAUUCUUUCAGUGGGAAUUGGUAGUUUUGUUAAACAGUUAAACGUUAUUUGUCUACCGAAAACUGUUCCACCAUAUUAGCAAUUGUGUGUUCCGUGUUAUUCACCAGAUUAAACAUAUUUGUGCGGAGGCCUUCCCUAACGACGACAUCUUUCCUGUGAUUCAGUGAACGCUACGGCUAAGCGGGCCUAAGCCUCUCAAAACAGUGAAAACUCCUCCUGAACGCACUUGUCUUUGUGAAGAUAAGUGAAAGCUGGUGCUUUGAUGCAAUCGUACCCAAGAUGAAAACUUGGACGAUCUUGUUUUUAUUUGUGUUGGCCGUCACUCAACUGGCCAAGGCGAGCGGCCUCGACAGUGACUUUGCAGAGUUUGACGAGGAGGAGUUUGUUGAUGAGCCGUCGGAGAAGAGCAAGGUGGAGUCGCAAAAGAAUACGGAUGAGGACGUCUUAGAAUCAAUAGACACGGAAGCUGAUGUGAAGCGACCAGAUGCCGGCGAGGAAGAAGACGAGACUGAAGGGGACGCAUAUAUUGAACAAGAGCAGUACGAUCCGAACGAAUUCGAGGGUUACGAAGAUGACCGAAGUUCUUUUGGACGUGCCGGUUCUUCUGGGCAGAGCCAGAAACCCCCACCAGAGCUGAAAAUCGCUGAGGUUCCGAUGGUGUUGGGAAGAAACUGGGAGCAUUAUUACGUAGAGUAUUUGUUGAUCUCCGGACUCAUGUUUUACCUAGUCUGGUAUGCAUCUGGAAAAGCAACUAAUUCAAAACUGGCGACCGCGUGGUUGGACACACAUUUUGAAUUGUUAAACCAAAAUUUCGCUCUUGUGGGAGACGAAGGCACAAACAAAGAGGUGACUCUGUCGACUUCUUCGCCAGAUGCGGGCGCGGAAGGCGAUGCGAUGGGUGAUGGAACCAAAAAACCUUCCAAAUUUAUAAAGGAGGCUGAUCAUAUUUACACUUUAUGGUGCAGUGGCAGAAUGUAUGUGGAAGGCAUGCUGGUGACAUUGAAAUUAAGGAAGCGACAAGAUCUGUUGUCGUCUGUUUGGAGAUUAUUCCGCCCCAGUAACGAUCAGAUUUGUAUUCGAUAUUAUAUGGAAAAGGAAGAAAUGGACACCUUUGUGCUAGCUGUAUCCAAGAAGGGAAGCAUUCCUAAACUUCAAAAAGACAUGACAGAGUUGGGAUUAUUUUGUCCUGAUCGGAAAGGCGGGGAUCGGUUUGGAUUACCCUCUUCCUUUACUGUGCUUUCGGAAAUUGGAGAAUCAAUUUUUGCCCUUCUUGACACCAAGGUUUUGGCUGUAAUUGAAAAGUAUGAACCGGAAAUGGAAUACAUGUUUUUUUCUGAUCAGUAUAACCCGAAAUCCGAGGACGCCCAGCAGCAGAAUCAGCAAAUAAAGAGGCCUGAGCCUAUGAAAAUCCUGCAGUUUUGUUUUAAUUUGCCAAAAAAUUUGUCCAAUCCGACGGAGGUUAUGGAGUAUAUGCAUCCUUUACUGCUUAUGACAUUCUAUCUGGUCGAAAAAGUCCAUCGUUAUCGCCUGCAGAGAGAAGCUAAACUGAAAGCUGAGAAGAACCGCCAGAAAGUCCAGGAAGAAUAUUUAAAAAGUACACACGCUCAGCGCCAAGAAGCGGCUCAGCUAAGACGGGAAGAGAAGCGACGGAUAGAAAAAGAAAAGAUACUUAGUGAGGAGGAUCCUGAAAAGCAGCGCAAGUGGGAGGAACGUGAUUAUCGACGAGAAAUGAAAAAGAAAGGUCCAAAAGUGAAAGCAAUUAAAGUAAAGGCCAUGUGAGACAACAACUUGUUUUGUUUUCAAGUUUGUUUUGCUUGUGAAUACACCAAAGUAAACCUUUUUGAUUGCUGUUCGCUAAAAAACCGCAUGCCGUCAGUCCAAACGAGAUCUGGAGUUGGCAUGCAAUUGUGACUGCAUUGUGAAAAUGCUGCUGAAGUUUCGUGUUUAAUGAACUGUUUUCUAAAUUUUCUGUACUUUUUUCUGUAUUGGGUUUUCGGCAGUUUUAAUUGUUUUAUUCCAUGCAUCAGUCUAAUUUAUUUUGAUUUACAAAUAAAUGCCUAACACCUCA